AUGUACAAAGAAGGAGUGAAUCCAUUUGAAAUAAUGCUGAAUAAGAAAGUAUAGGCCAUUACAACAGAUGGACGUGUGUUUUGUGGGUAUCAUUUAUCCUAUAUAUUUAAUGGACUCUUAUUGGAAUAGAUUAAGCAAUGAAUUGUGUAUUGUAAAAUAGUGAAGAGAGAGUAUAUUCAUUAGAGACAGGAGUUCAGUUUUUAAAUGCUGGAUUAUAAGUGAUAAGAGGGGACACAGUGGCAGUUUUAGGAGAGAUCAAUUUAGAGAAAGAGAAAAGCAUUGAUUUUGAUAAGGUCAAAGCCAAUUAAUUAGCCCCCAUUUUCAGCAAUACUCAUUGAU